AACAAUUUUGUAGAAUAAAAAGAAAAUUUGUGUUAAAACAAAAAACAAAAAAAGAAACAAAAACUAAAUGAUUAACACAUAAAUGAGCAACUUACAAAUACAUACCUACUGAAAUAUAAGUAAAUGUUUAUAUGUACACUAACACAACGAAAAAUUGGCAUAAACAAAACGUUCUACGUGAAAUCGUAAUUAAAUUUUUGCGGUUAAUUUGAAGAUUUAUUUAAAAGGAAACAUCGCGUAAUUAAGAACAUUCAGUUGUGAACGAGCUGGCGCGCAGUCAAGUGUAUUGAAGAAAUAGGAUAUUUGGCAUAUUUUUUUGGAAGAUUGUGAACUCAAGAAAACUGUUAUUUUAAAUAAAUUCACCCUGCAAAUAAAAGUGAAUCGAUCAGACCGCGAGCAACAGCGAUCAGUAGUGUCAAGUGCAUUUAUUUUGGUGCAAUAAACUGCUGCACAACAACACACAUCUACUUUUAGUGCGAAUAAGCUGUAACUUUUAUUUCGAAAUUUUGUUUUGACACAAAACCCUCGUAGCAACAAAAGAAAGUAGCAUGUCCUGCAAAGUGUUUUCAUAUCUGCUGAGUGUUCUACUGAUCGCACAGAUACCCAUAAAUGGCAUCAGUGCCGGUACGGAUGACAACGAAAUCUACAAUUUGCCUGAAUACUAUUUGCUGCAAGGCGUCAAAGUCUAUCCAGGGGACCGUGAGUGCGCCAUGGUUGGUGGCUUAUGUGUGCACACCAGCGACUGUUUGGAACCGACUACGAAUCGCGGACUUUGCCCAUCGCACACACAUCGUGGCGUGGAGUGUUGCUACGAAUUGCCACUGAGGCCCGCACCGUGUGAAGAGCAUUUGGGCGCCUGCAUGGAUAGAUGUAAUGAGAACCUACAACGACCGGGCAUCGAUUGUCCAGGCGGACAGGUUUGCUGUGUCUUAGUCUAAGCCUCUACAAAGAGUUGACGCUUCUUCUUUCGGACGUGUGCACAUACAUAUUAAUAAUAUUGAUAUAAUUAUUAAAAGAGAGAUAUAACUUAGAUAUGUAUAUACAAGCAAUACAUAUGUAUGUAUGUAUAUGUAUGACUAAAACAUGUUUAACUAAAAUAAUUUAAGCUUUAAAAAUCGCUUGAUUAAAAAAUAGGCGAGUGCAUCAUAUGCAAACUCAUUUAAUGUAAGUAAACUUAUUGAAUGUAAUUUUCCUAUUUGAUUUUAUGUUUUUUUUUUGUUUUUGUUUUUAGCUUAGUUUCGCUUUGUGUAAUUUUAGGUUUACACUUAGGUUUUAAAUGCUAAUCUAUGUAUUGCUUAUGUAUUGUAUAACCUCAUCGUUUAUGUUGGUAUGUAAUAUGUGUGAAUUACAGUUAACUUUGACAGCAGCUAAACCAAGAAAAAACUGUGUAAAAUGUCUGUAAAUAAAUCUGAUUUAUUUAAAUAUAAAAAUAAAAGUAUUCGCGGUCUUAUA